AGGCAGCGCAUCCAAAGGGUCAAGGCGCGUUGUUUGACGGCGGGUGCCGCUCCCGUGCAACAUCGGCGCCGCAGCAUCGGGCGACGCUGGCGCCCUGCUUCCUGGGGUGCCCUCCUCGACCCGUGGAUCUGGCGCCCACGCGCCCGAUGCGCGGAUCCCUACUCCACGGGAGCGUGUGACGGGGCGGUGGACGGAGGGAGCGAGAGCGGGAGAGGGAGUGGAGGCUCCUCGUUCCCCCCGUUCGGCUCGCCCCCCUUCUGCGACAGCCGGGAUGGCCCGCGGUGUGCGGACGUUGCUGGCGCUCGCGGCGCUGCCGCGGGCGGCCACGCUCCAGGCGGAGCCGCUGCAGGCGGAGCCGCUCCAGGCAGAAGUGCAACCGGAGGCGCAGCAGCUGCCCGACUUCUCCGCCCCCGCGCGGGCGCGCAGCGCCAUGAUGCCCGAGCUCGAGCACGGCAGCAACCACCGCGUGGGGUCCGUGCCCAACGCGACCCUGAGCGACUGCCUCCUCUGCGUGACGCACCCGGCCGAUUCGCCGAAGCUCUGGGUCCAGGAGUCCUCGGACGGCGUCGGAACGCGCGUCCACAACAUGCUCAUUGCGAUGGCCGUCGCGGCCAAAAACGGCAUGAACAUUGCUGGCUUCGUCUCGAUCCCGUUCGAGUGCCCGAUCAGGAUCUACCACGGCAUGCCGUACAACGUCGAUCCGAAGCUGGUCUACGACUACUUCUUCGGGCUGAACUCCACUGACCUGUUUGUGAACAUGAGGCAGCCCCACGUGGCCAAGUACUCGAGCAUGGCGGAGCUGGAAAAGUACACCACCGACCUGAUUCCUAUUGGCAAGCCCGACCCCCUCGCGCCGGGGAGCCAGAGCUUCAUCGAGCACGCAGACAUCCUCAUGCAGUUCGGCUCCCUGCGCACCACGAAGUCACAGAUCCAGCAGUACAUCACCAAGGAUUUCAUCAGCAACCUCCGAGCCAUGGGCUCCCGAGUCACGAGCCACCCGACGUUUUUUGCGAAGGACGGCCGGCCGACUGUGGCCGUGCACGUCCGCAGGGGCGACGUGAAGCGGCUCAGCGCGAACAACCACAGGUGGUCGCCGGACUCCUGGUACCUGGACAAGAUCAACAAGAUCAGGCAUAUACUGCCUGACGCCGACGUGCACGUGUUCACCAAUGUCGACGAAGAGCCCACGGGCCGAAGAAUCGGGAGAGCAGAAUCGAAAAGGACGCAGUCGAGUCUGAUGCAGAGCAAGUUGGUGAGGCACCCCUCUGACAUCCAGCGCGCCCCCCCAGCCUUGAACCGCCCGCCGUCUUGGCAUGGAGGGCGCCGCCCCGUGGCACGGUCUGCCGCGCGGCCAGUCUUGAACGAGCUGCACCCAAUCCACCGGAAUGGCGUCGCCCCGCUCUGCCGUCCUGACCGCGUCCGUGCUGCUCGCGUGCACCGCCCUGAUGGCCGCCUUCGUGCCCUCGCCCGUGGCGUCCCGCCCCGCGGCGCAGGCCGUGCCGGCGGCAGCGCUCAGCGCGGCGGCGAUCGCGGCGCCCACCGCGGCCUACCCGGCCAACGAGCGUGUGGAUCCCGGCGCUGUCUGCAGCGCCGGCUGCGGACCGGCCCGGAUGCGUCUGCAGCGAACCAGUGGCGGUCAAGGGGGAGUAUGCUGGCGGGCCAGUUCUUGAUUUGAGUGCCCCCGCGACUUUGCCAGAACACCGACAAGCGCGACCUCUACCUGUGGAACUCCAGCAAUAUGACAGUGCACACCGACGAGGACAAGCAGCUGGCAGCGCAUGCGACCAUGGACGCCUGGGCGCACUUCGCGCAGGCCGACAUCGUGGUCCUGUCUCGGAGC